UUGUAUACGCUAAAGCUAAACUGAUCCUGCGGGAAUUCUCCCCUGUGUAGCAAAAUACCUGUUACUACUUGUGACUGAAAAUGACUGAAAUGCGGGCAAGCAAAAAGGAUAAAAACCAACACAUUCAAGUCUUCGUUCGUGUCAGACCAGCAAACGAUGCGGAAAAGUUGGGUAAAUCCUCAACAGUGGUAGAAGUACCUUCUAGCAAAGAUGUUAUUGUGUAUGAGAAACCGCAGGACAAGCUUUCUAGGAAAUUCACGUUUGACAAAGUUUUUGGACCUUUGUCUAAACAGGUCAGUAUUUAUCAAGCGGUGGUUAGUCCUUUAGUGGAAGAAGUUUUGGCAGGCUAUAAUUGUACAGUUUUUGCCUAUGGACAAACUGGUACAGGUAAAACUUUUACCAUGGAAGGUGUUAGUAACGACCCAUCUCUGUACUGGAAUAGUGACACAAAUGCAGGAAUCAUACCUCGGUCUUUGAGUCAUCUAUUUGAUGAACUGUAUACGUUGGAUGUGCAGGAAUAUUCAGUACGUGUCAGUUUUCUUGAAUUGUACAAUGAGGAGUUAUUUGAUCUUCUCUCUCCAAACGACGACACAUCUAAAAUAAGAUUGUACGAGGAUGCUUCUAAGAAGGGGGCAGUUAUAAUCCAUGGAUUGGAAGAAGUGACAGUUCAUAAUAAACGCGAAGUUUAUAAAAUACUCGAAAAAGGCUCAGAAAAACGACAGACAGCUGCUACUUUAAUGAAUGCACAAUCGAGUCGAUCUCACACUGUAUUUUCAAUUACGGUACACAUGAAAGAAAAUACAGUCGAUGGGGAAGAGUUAUUGAAAACGGGAAAAUUGAAUCUGGUUGACUUGGCGGGAAGUGAAAAUGUAGGAAGAUCUGGUGCUGUGGACCGAAGAGCAAGAGAAGCAGGAAAUAUUAAUCAAUCCCUACUAACCCUUGGUAGAGUUAUUACUUCGCUUGUUGAACGAGCACCACAUAUUCCUUAUCGAGAGUCAAAAUUGACAAGAUUACUUCAAGAGUCUCUCGGAGGUCGUACCAAAACUUCAAUAAUCGCUACUGUGUCACCGGCUAGUAUUAAUUUGGAAGAAACACUUUCCACCUUGGACUAUGCACAUCGGGCGAAAAACAUUACUAAUAGACCAGAACUCAAUCAAAAAUUAUCCAAGAAAGCACUCCUUAAAGAAUAUACUGAGGAAAUCGAAAGACUGAGACGCGAUCUUCUGGCUACCCGAGAUCGCAAUGGGGUUUAUUUAGCACACGAAAAUUUUAAUGAUAUGCGAGUUCAAAUAGAUUCUAUGGAGAAAGAUAUCACUGAUAAGAUCAAUCACAUAAAAGCCUUGGAAGAACAGAUGAAUAAAAAAGAUGAAAUUUUUAACGAGUUACAAACUACUUUUGAAGCUCGUACAAAUGAAUUGUGUAAAACACAAACAGAACUUGUGAAUACUGAAGGUAUUUUGAAAGUAACUGAAAAUGAAUUAAUGAAGACUACACAGGAACGUGAUGAAACUGCUUACUUAGUCAAAAAACAUGCUGCAACUGAGAGACUUCUAUCAUCUCAAGCAAGACAGUUACUAGGAGUAGCUGAUCAUGCCAUCAGUGAUACUCAUAAGCUCCAUGAUAAAAUUAAUCGCAAAACUCAAGUGGAGCAAGAGAAUGAAAGACUUGAACAGCAAUUUCAGCAGGACAUCACAAAGGGAGUGAGAGAGAUCGAGAAAGACUGCAUCGAAUAUGCCCAGAAUCUGCUGCAAGUUUGUAUGAACACAAAAAAUGAUAUAGGAUUACAACUAAGAGAACAAAAUGCCGGUAUCGACACUGCAAUUCAACAUGUCUCUAAAGAUCUUGUUAACAAGCAAUCUAUGGCAAAGUCAACUUUAAUUGAACAUGCAGAUUGUUCUUUCAACACGUACCAAGCCUGGAUAAAUGAACACUUGCAAAACAUUACCACUGUAUCUGGUCACGAAAGUCAACUUCUCAAUGAAAUAUCUCUGACAUUGGCACCAAAACUUGCGGAACUAAUCGAAGCUACCCUGCAAAAGAAAUUGCUAACCUUAUCUGCAUUCGUAAAAGAAAAAUUGGAAGAAAUGUCUACAUACGUAGAAUUUGCAAACAAAGGUAUCUGCCAUAAUUUGACAAUGAGCAGCCAACGGCUUUUAGACAACAUCACAAACGUCAAGGCACACCUUCAAGCAGUAAAAACAAAAGAAAACGAAAUACUUCAGAAUAGCAAGUCAUUCAAAGGGGCAUUCGAGAAUUUAUGUAAUCAAUUUACGACCAUGUGUUCAUCAAACGAAGCAAAACACACAGAGGUUACUAACAUUUUAAUGGACAUUGGCAAAAUCAAUGACAAUAUUAAUACUGAUGCAAUCGAAUCAUGUCAAAACAUUGUCAAAAGUGAACGAAGCUAUGAGGAUAGAGUCAGAGAAGGAAUUCACAUUGUCAAGAAUGAAGUACAAAUUGGUGUUGAUGAGGCUGUAUCAAUAGCAGAUACUGUUGCUGCUCAUGGGUGUAAAUUAGUAGAUGAACUACAAAUCCAACUUCGAGACAGCAGUACAGUUUGGAUUAAACAUUGUGAAGUAGCUGAACAGCGUUCAGCUAAAUUACAAGAAGCAAUUCAGCAGGAGCGGCAAAAAAUACUGUCAUGUGCUGAAGUGUUGAAACAAAUAGUCACAGAUGCUAGUGUGAAUCAUGAAGAAUUUAUGGAGUCCCAACGAAGUAAAGCGUGGCAAUUCAAUCAUGAAUUGCAGCAUAAACUUGAGGAACAGGGUGUAAGUGCGACUCAGUGGGCAGCUGAUGUCUCUGCUAAAUUACGCAUGACACAACAUCAAGUUGAUAAAUUCAUUGCCGAAGACUUCCGCAAAGAUAUUUCCACAGGAAGCACACCAGUGAAAACGGAGUAUCGCUAUCCAAAAGAGCUCGCUGAAACCUCACCUCAUCAGCGAAUAAUUCAACGCUUUCGUACUUCAAUGAACGACGCCGUCACUAAUAACGAAGUCGUUACUAAUAACGAGAAUUGCAACAAAGAAAACAACAGAGGAGAGCAUGUAAAGUCUCGAAUUGUUCAACCAAAGCAGAUAGUACCUACGUUUAGGUCAUCUAAUCUACUUGAUAGGAAUAUUCUUGGGCCGCACAACUGAAUAAAUUCCACCCUUUCGGUGUUCGUGUUUAUUAUCCAAUUUUAUUUGCUUAGGCUGGCCAAAAGCACACUAUCAGGUAGGAUUCUACUUCUGAUAGCUGUCAAUUUCAUAAGUCUAACAAGAAAGAUUAGUAAAUUAAUGUCAUAAAUAGUACGUGUAGGGUCGAAGUGUUUGAGAAAGAUGUGGCAAGUAACCGAUUUAUGUAUAUUUUACAAACCUACAAUCCUAGUAUAGUAUAAUCUUUAAACUAUUUUCAUUUCUUCCAGCUGAUUGCCACAUCUCUGUAUAAAUAUAAGAAAGUGAACUUACAUCGUAAAAAUAAUGUAUUAUCAAGCUGUAAAUUUUUAACGCAAUACAUGGAAAGAAAUAUUUUAUAAACAUAUUGUCAAAAUUCCUUCAAUAU